AUGAUCAAUUUUGGAUGCAUCGGCACAGGCUGGAUAACGGCGUCCUUCGUGGACUCGGCGCAAGCCACCGGCAAAUGGAAGCUCGCAGCCGUGUACUCCCGCAAAGCGGAAACAGCCAAAGACUUCGGUGCAAAAUUUGACGUGACUGCCGUCCACACCUCCCUUGAGGCCCUGGCAAACGAUGGCGAUAUCCAAGCGGUGUACAUAGCGUCACCAAACUCGCUGCACCACGAGCAGGCAAAAAUCAUCCUCAGCGGGAAGAAACACGUCAUCAUCGAGAAGCCCGCGACCUCCACCGUAGCCGAGUUCGAAGAACUGCACGCCCUAGCAAAAGAGCACGGCGUCUUCCUCCUCGAAGCAAACAGGCAUAUCCAGGAGAUAAACUUCAAGAUCCUCCAACGAAACCUCUCCAGACUGGGCGCCAUCUACGGCGCCAGCCUGACCUACGCCUCCUACUCCUCGCGCUACAACAACGUGCUAGCCGGCGAAACCCCCAACAUCUUCUCGCUGGAGUACUCCGGCGGCGCCCUUGUAGACCUCGGCGUCUACCCGAUCAGCUUCGCCGUCGCGCUUUUCGGGAAGCCGAAGAGCCAGUCUUACAGCCCUGUCAUCAUUGCCACGGGCGCGGAUGGCGGCGGCCUGAUUACGCUGCGGUAUGAGGGCUUCGGCGUGGUGAUUAAUGCGAGUAAGUGCUAUACUAGCACGGCGCCGAGCGAGGUUUAUGGCGAGAAGGGGACGUUUGUUAUCAAUGCGGUUACGGAUAUUGAGCGCGUGACUUUCCUGGAUGCGAAGAGUAAGCAGAAGGAGGAGCUUGCGAAGGAGAAGGCGAAGCUGAAUUUGCAAGAGGAGGCGGAGGAGUUUGCGAGGAUCAUUGAGGGUGGCGAUGGGGAGGCGGCGAAGAGGCUGGAGGAGCUGAGUAGGAUUGUUAUUGGGAUUACGACGGAUUUGAGGAGGCAGUGCGGUCUGGUGUUUGCUGUGGAGAAGUCGUAG